GUCUCGAUUGGUGAUUUUACCUGUGAGCAACAACGGUCUCUAGAGGGUUAAAGAUGCUUUAAUUGACAAGAGCUGUAGCAUGUAUCCCGUUAUUUAAUAGUUACUUAUGUUCAUUUGCAUUUAUAGCAUGAUGCAGGCGAAGUUGAUUCAAUAAAUGAAUAAAUAAAUAAAUGUAUGUAUGAGUAAAUGUAUUUGAUUUCAUCAAAUGUAAAAAACUCUCGACUUUCAUGAUAACUAAUACAUUUAUCUUGUAUAUUAAAUUUUUGAAAUUGCUUGAUUUUACUUGUCUUGUUGAUACAAUAAUUUUUUUAGAUGGAAUCAAGAGAAAACAGAAAUCUAUUUUACAUCAGAAGAGUAAUUAAUGUGGUACAAACGGAACUUGCUCAAUUUUUCAUCAAAGAAUGGAACUCUCGUUACAAAUCAACACAUGGAGAAUGGGAUGAUACAAACAAAAGUGGUAACAAAUUUUACAAUUUAGAAUCAAGAAGAAGGUUAGACCAAAAAACUCGACAAAAAUAUCAAGAUGGAGAUACCAGUAAGUGGGACUGUACGAUAUUAUUUGAUGCAAUAAUUUUUUCAAAUUCAAUUGGAAGGCAUCUUGACAAACAAACAAAGGAUGCUGUUCAUGCACUUCGUUGUGAAAGAAACAAUGACGCUCAUUGGUAUGAAAGCAAUUACUCAGAUGAUGAUUUUGAUGGAAUAGUCAGUAUCAUUGAAAAAUCAUUUCAAUAUUUAAAAUUUUCCCUCGAUGGAAUCAAUGAAAUAAAAAAUAAUCGAAACAAGUUUAAUUCAUUUCAAGUUUUUCCUUCAAAACCUAAUCAUUUUCUCGUUGAACGCACGGAAUUACGAGAUAAAAUUAUAAAAGAUCUUGAAAAAUUAAGCAAUGAUAACAAUCAUAAACUGACAUAUUUUUACAUCACUGGUAAUCCUGGCAGUGGUAAAUCACAACUUGCAAGAACGGUUUGUGAAAAAAUAUCGUGUGAUUGGAAAAAUAGAACUUCGUUUGUAAUGACUCUCGAUGGAAAAAAUGAGGAAUCUCUUUUAAAAACUUACUGUGAACUUGGAUACCGUUUAAACUGUGACAAGUAUAUGAUUAAAAAAUUUGAAGAUGAAAAUUGUUCCAUCGCAGACAAAGUGAAGAAUUUGCGAUCGUUAGUAUCCACACGAUUAAAAUUCUGGCAAAAUUGGUUGAUCAUUGUAGACAACGUGGCACAGCUCAGCAAAAUUUCUUCAUUACUCCCCCAAGUUGGUGAUCCCAUGUGGAUAAAUGGACAAAUCAUAGUAACUAUCCAGAACACAGAUGCCGUACCUCUAGACGAUGAGUUUAACAAACAUAUUUCUAUCAGAAGUGGAAUGAAUGAUAGGGAAUGUUUUCAACUGUUGAAGCAUUACACUAUUGAAAAUGAUGAUGAUCAAUUGUUGAAUGAAGUAUUCCACGCAUUAGAUCGUCAACCGCUGGCUUUGGCUGCCGCUGGUUAUUAUGUCAGUCGUGUAAACAAAACAAACUGCUCAUUUACUUGGAAACAAUAUUUAAAGAAAAUAUCUUCAGAAGAACAAGAAAACAUGGACGCCACUUUUGUUAAAUCUAACUCGGUAUAUCCUAGAAGUAUGUUACAAGCUUCACUUUUAGCUGUCAGACAAAAUGCUGAAGAAUCCUCAAUAUUGGCAAAUGUUAUUAACUUUUUUUCCGUGAUAUCGUUUGAUCCUAUACCACGAGACAUUAUUGUUUUUUAUGUUCAAGAAAUUGAUCCCAAACACUCAAAGGAAGAUAUAUGUCUUUGUUUAAAGGACUGCUCAUUGUUCUUGCAUUCAGAAAAUAAUGACAUUAGUCUACAUCGCAUUGUUCACAAAGCAAUUAUUGUUUAUCAAUCUGAACAUUCAAAUGAAGAACAUGAAAUGGAAACUAACGUUGAUCAAAUAUCUAAAGCACUUUACAUGUUUAAAGAGAGAGACGACGAAAUCAAAUUAAUGCCACAUCUUGAAAAAAUUCUUCAAUUAUUAAAGACCAACAAGUCAAAAAUCAACAUGAACACUUUACAAGUUUUCCAAUAUUUUGUUGACAGAUUAAGACAUUUUGGAAAAUACGAUCUUGCUCUUGAACUAUUGGAUAAAUUUAAAUCAGAAGAAUCUAGUUAUGAUAAAUCUUGGUAUUUUAGUAUCCUCGGUCUUUUAUACUAUGACACUGGGAAGUAUAGCAAAGCUAAAAAUCAUCAUGAAAAAGCUCUGGAAAUUCAAAAACAAUCGUUAGGUCCAAAUCAUGUUGAUGUCGCUGCGUCUUUAAACAAUCUUGGUAAUGUGUAUAAUGAUACUGGAAACUACGACAAAGCUAUAGAAUUUCAUGAAAAAGCUCUGGAAAUUAAAAAACAAUCGUUAGGUCCAAAUCAUGUUGAUGUCGCUAUGUCUUUAAACAAUCUUGGUAAUGUG